AUGCAACAGAAGAAGGAUGGCAUGUUCUUCAAUGCCUUCGAGGGCCUGGAAUCGGUGGACCCCAACGCGCCACCGAGGAGGGGGCACCACAGGGACAAGAAGAAAGCCAAGCCGUUAAGCGAUGUCGAGCGGCAGCAGAGUUUUCUGGAGGGUUUGGUGAUUGUGGGCUACGAAUCGAACCUGUUUCGCAAUGACAGGCUCUCGGAAUCGAUCGAACGCGGCGAGCACUUCAUCCCCUGGAUGGGCAAGGAGGAUCUUAUGAUUGAUCGUUACGAUGCGCGUGCCCUGCUGACCGAUCUCAAGCUCUUCGAUCGCCAGGCUGGCCGAUGGGACGCGCUGCCGCGAACGCGCAAGCCCAGCGAUCCCAAGUACGAGAGGGAGCUCAAGCUCAACAAGAAGCUGGACAAGGAGCGCUACUGGGACAUGGUCCUGCACGGGGAGGACAUCUACAAAGAGGAAGAGCGAAAGCGGCAGAAGAUGCAGCAGGACACGCGGGCCACGUACAGUCUGGUGGGGCUUGACUACGGCGAGAUCACGCAACACGAAGACGAAGAAGAGAAGCAGAAGCGCGAGGAGGCCGCGCGCAAGAAGGAGCUCGAAGAGGCCGAGGCCAAGCGCAAGCAGGAAGAGGAAGAGGCCAAGAAGCGCGAGGAGGAAGAGAAAUACUGCGCUCCGCACCCCGUGCCCGAAGGCAUGAUCGCGCCUGCGCUGAAGAAGAUGGGAGUGAUCAUCGAGAAGACUGCCGGCUUUUUGUUCCGCCAGGGACCCGAGGCAGUCAAUACGUUGAAGAAGCAGCAAAAGGACAAUCCGAUGUUCCUGUUCCUCGUGGAGGGCCAUCCGCUCAAUUCCUACCUCAAGUUCCUGAUCAGCAAGCUGGAGGAGGCCAAGAAGCGCGAGGAGGAAGAGAAGGAAAAGGCCAACGAGUUUGCUCUCAGUCUCGUGUCUGAGUACAACGACGAGGAAGAGCCCUUCAAGACCGAGGAAAGCACUGGUGGCCAGGAAACUGAUACCGCCGAGGCCGUGGUCGCGGACGAAAGGCCAACUGACAACGCUCCUUCUCUCGAGCCGAAGCAGUCGUACGUCGCCAUGUUCGACUUUACGCCAGAGAAGGAUGGAGAGAUGAGCAUGAAGGUGGGCGAAGUGCUGGUGGGUCGUGAAACGGUCGACGGGUGGCUGGAGGUCGAGCGGGAGGGCCAAGUCGGCUACGUGCCGCGCGGAUGGGUCAAGCUGGUCGACGAACAACCCCCCUGCCCCGCCAGCAGCCAAGGCACGGACGCCUCCGUUGCGACGCAAGACAAAGACGAAGGCGAAGACGAGCAAGCCAAAGCAGCUGCCGCGGCAGCGAAGAGGAAGCGCAUGAUGCGAGCCAAGCUGCUGGCACAGCUCAUCUCCACCGGCAAGGAGCACGUCGUGCAGGAGCUCUCCGCCAGUAGCACCGCCGCCACCGAUACGUCCACCUCCACCAGCAAGGAGAGGGAGAAGCAGGACAAGGCCGACGAGAGCAGGCGGAAAGCGCAGGAGGAGCGCGAGCGCGAGGAGAGAAGGAGGAGAAGAGAAGCCGAGGAACGAGAAGACGAAAGGCGACGGAGGAAGCGGAGGCGAAGCCGAAGCCGAAGCCGAAGCCGCAGUCGAAGCCCGAGAGGCGAGCGUGACGGGCGGCGAGAACGGAGCGGCAGCAGGGAGAGGGCCACGUCUUCAGGCGGUGCCCACACUCGCAGGAGUAGUAGACGGAGCGAGAGUCGAGAGAGGCGGCGCAGAGAGGGAGGAAGAAGGCGCAGGGACUCAUCUUCGUCAUCUUCAUCAAGGAGCCCGCACCGGCGGCCCAGGCGGAGCGAAAGUGAAAGCGAAGAGGAACGGAAGCUUCGAAGAAAAGAGAAAGGACGAAAGCGAGGAAGGAAGAGCGAACAACGUGACGACGAUGUGAAGGCCAAGCAGCAGCGGGUACGCGAUCGGACAGCGGACCAACAGCAGAUCCACGAGAAGAAGCCACACCGAGCCAUCGCUGGAGAUGAGGCAGAAGAAGAAGGCGGCCUGACCACCCUCCUGCAAAGUUAUGGAACCCAAUAA